GGACGGAUCGCUGGCCGAGCGAAUAGAUCGCACUGAGAGCGACGAUUGGGGUGCGAAAGAGGAGAAACGGUUGGCCCUCGGAUGGGAAGCGGCCUGUGUACGCGGUGUAUAGUUUAACGAACUGCAUUUCAAAUGUCGCUUCACGCGAUGUCGGUGUGACGAGGAGCCAAUCGCAGGUUAGUUGCCGGGUGUCUUCCGAACGAGGUGUAUGCGUGAUGCUUCCAUGAAGUCUUUGUAUCGCUGACAGUCGUUUUUCACUGAUUGGACGUCGGAAAAUGCGAUACGGUCACGGCGACGAAUCGCGGCGAGGUAUCUUUUACGCAGCAGGAUGCAAGCUGAGCAGUGUGUACUAAACGUUUGAAGAACGUCGCGAGAGAUGUGAAAAGUGCUUUUUUUCUUUCGCACGCACAACCUGGCGAAUAUAACUGGCCUGUUUUUCUUUCGAUCGCGUCUCGAUAGAUGCGUAGAGAGUCAGCUGUGGUUACGAGUACGUGACGGAUGAUGUUUCACUAGUAAAGGCCUCUGCGCCACCUUAUUUUGACGCGAGGAACGCGAACUGUCAUCCGUUCGAGCGAAGACGGAUCGCGUAACGAGAAUCAGCGCAAAAACAACGCGAUUUACCAUGGGGACAGAACUCUUAAUAUCCCACGUCGGUGUUAUCGCGAUUCUUUAAUCGAUGCUGGGAUAUUCACAAAUUGUACGGUGUUGUUCGAGGAACGGGAGAUUAGAGAUAACGUUCCCAUCAAAAUGGGAAAUUGUUUAAAGCGUGCUAGUGACAGUCAACAAGACAAUACUACGUUGGUGAGCAACAGUUCCGAUCCUGCGUUGCCCAUCGGCUCAUCGCGGGAAGACCAUGGACUACCAAUACCUUACAAUGAGUUGUUGAGUUCUUAUUACCCACCAACCGGUGGCCAUCCACAAUCGGUCACUUUGAACAGGGGCUAUGGAAUUGGUAUUGGCAUCACGGUAGAACCAACCAAUGAGCACAGAUUGUUAAGGGAAGAAGUGCUACGUGUACGAAUUAGAAAACGUCUGGGACUCAUUCAACAGCUGCCACUGCGAGAAUACGAUGGAGCUAAAAAGGAAGAGUGUGUAAUAUGUAUGAUGGAUUUAUUGGCUGGACAAGAAGUGCGUUAUUUACCCUGUAUGCACACUUAUCAUGCAAUCUGUAUCGACGAUUGGUUACAACGUUCCCUAACGUGUCCAUCAUGUAUGGAACCAUUAGACGCUGCCUUGAUUAGCUCGUAUCAUCCAACCACUUAACGCCGAAAAACCGAAAAUUGGAGUAGCUAAUGGGUAAUCAAAUUAUUCUAUCAUGGUAAACAGUGCAGCUGGGAAGAACCGUUAAUAUUACUAUUGCAUAUAAUGGCUUCCAAACUAGUGAAGGGGCCUUCUCUCAUUAAUGGCCAAUUAUAUUUGCCAUUGUAUUCAACGUAUCCACGCACGUGCUGAGUAAUAAUAAUACUUGUAUUAUAAAGAGUUGCAAAUGUCUUCUGUAUAGGUCAUUCCCUCUUACAGGGUGAUGUUCUCCACGUGGAUCAUUGCAAUAAGAAUAUGGUGUAUUUACAGUCAAAAAGCAAUCGCCAUAGUCUGUUAGUUUCCUGUGAAAUCUAAACUAGAUUUUUGUUUUCUUACUGCUGAAAAGAUAUUCUAUUUUAUGCUCAAGUGAGCUGAGUAACUAAAAAGAAUGUAACGGUGUGUUGCUAAGGCUAUUUUAAGUUAAAUGAAGUAGUACCUACUUGACCAUUGUUAUUUGGUGAAGUAGCGAUAGACGAUUAUAUAAAUAUAUAUAUUUAUAUAUAUAUAAAUUAUAUACAUAUAUAUAUAUACAUAUAUAUACAUACAUACAUACCACACAGAGAUACAAACACGCAUAUACAUACACAACACACGUACGUAUACACAUAUUGCGAAUAUCGUAAACGAUAACGAUGUACUACAAAAUAUCACACUAUGUAUAUUUUUAACUAUAAUUCCACUCGUUUCAUAUUUUCAGAUACUAAAAACAUAUUUUCAGAUUAUAUCUUUCGACGUACAAAGUUAAUCACGUUAUUUUCAAAUACCGUGUUUCUUAUUUUAACGUAGGUAUAUCGUAAAACAUGUAAUCGAUCAUUUCCUCGAUAACUGAAUAUAACGUGAUCUAAAGAAACCAAAAAAAUUGGGAGAGGUUGUUAUUUUAUAUUUCGAAUUAUACCGCGUGUAAACAAUGGGCUGCUUGUAAACGUACUUUUACAUUAUUAUUUACCAGAUACCGCCUGUAUAUUCUUUUUAUACAUGUAUACAUAUUUGUUACACUGUAUCCAUGUCACUGAGAUGUUUACGUUCAGUAGUUCUGUUGAACGAGAUUCACGCGUAACCGUAGGAAAUAUUACCUGCGUAUCAAGUUGUUAGUGCUUUGAACGAAAGCAACAGCGACGCAACUUACAAAGUCAUUGAUUGAUCAAAGAAACGUUUCUUUCACAUUGACUGUAUAAUUAAAUUAGUGAUGCUUAAUUACAAACGCGUGAUAAACUUUAUUUUUAUAGGUACUAUACACAGUAACGUGUAUCUUGAACUUUUGUAUCGUUCAAUCCGACCAUACUGAAUUUCAAUGUGAUUUCAACUGUGAACAUGCGAAAACAAAUGAAGCUGGACUUAAAAUCAAUCUCGAGUUCGACAAAACUCGGAUUUGAGAUUGAAUCCAGCAAACGCUGGAUGGAUAAUCUACUUGACUUAGAAGUCAUGGUGAUAAAAAGCAAUCAGCCUGUGUCCACUAACUUUAUUUUUCUUUUUUAGUACCACACUGCUGUACGUUUAAAAAGAAUUUCGAUCGAUUUCGAACGUAUUUUAAAUGUAUCGUAUAUGCAUAUGUAUGUAUACAUAUGCAUAUGAUAUAAUUUACAUUUAAACGUUUCCUGCGGGGAUAAGGAUAUUUUUAUGUUUUACCGAAGCUUUGCGUGUAAUGUUGCUGAUUUGUUUAAAGAGGAAAAUGAUGCUGUGACAUAGUGAUUUAUUGACAAAAUGCAAAUAUACGAAUAGCGAUUUAAUACAAAUAUAAAUAUUUAG